AGACGCGCGGGGGAACAUGGCGGCGGCGGAGCCGGCGGUCCCGGCGCUCCUCUCCAGCGGCGGCGUGGGCGCGGCGGCACCGCCGUCGGGCACGGUCCCAGUGCUCUUCUGCUUCUCCGUCUUCGCGCGACCUUCGUCGGUACCUCACGGUGCGGGCUACGAGCUACUCAUCCAGAAGUUCCUCAGCCUCUACGGCGAUCAGAUCGACAUGCACCGCAAAUUCGUGGUGCAGCUUUUCGCGGAGGAGUGGGGCCAGUACGUGGACCUGCCCAAGGGCUUCGCGGUGAGCGAGCGCUGCAAGGUGCGCCUCGUGCCGCUGCAGAUCCAGCUCACUACUUUGGGUAAUCUUACACCUUCCAGCACUGUGUUUUUUUGCUGUGAUAUGCAGGAAAGAUUUAGGCCAGCCAUCAAGUAUUUUGGAGAUAUUAUUAGUGUGGGACAAAGAUUGUUACAAGGGGCCCGGAUUUUAGGAAUUCCUGUUAUUGUGACGGAGCAGUACCCUAAGGGUCUUGGAAGCACUGUUCAAGAAAUUGAUUUAACAGGUGUAAAACUUGUACUUCCAAAGACCAAGUUUUCAAUGGUUUUACCAGAAAUAGAAACGGCAUUAGCAGAUAUUCCUGGAGUCAGGAGUGUUGUGUUAUUUGGAGUAGAAACUCAUGUGUGCAUCCAGCAAACUGCUCUGGAGCUUGUAGGCCGAGGAAUUGAGGUUCACAUUGUUGCGGAUGCCACUUCAUCAAGAAGCAUGAUGGACAGGAUGUUUGCUCUUGAGCGUCUCGCUCGAACUGGCAUCAUAGUGACUACAAGUGAGGCUAUUCUGCUGCAGCUGGUGGCUGAUAAGGACCAUCCAAAAUUCAAGGAAGUUCAGAAUCUAAUUAAGGCGAGUGCUCCCGAGUCAGGUCUGCUGUCCAAAGUAUAGGACAUUUGAAGCACUGGUGUACUACUCACCCAUCAGCCCAGACAGGCUUCUCUCUGCUAGAAUGAAAAUGUUAAGUCAAAAACUGACUCUCUUUUUGCCCCUCUUAGUGAAACAUAACCAGUUAGAACAUUUGGGUAGCAGCAUUUACUUACAAUGUCAAAAGCUUCAGGUGCUGUUUGCCUCUUUUGUUAAUGUGCUUUUUAUUUAUUAUAAAGAAAACAUACUAUGGAGGUGCCCGUUUUGUCUAUACUGUAUUAACUGAUCAUAACCUUUUAAAAAGUGCACUCUUGUGAAGUUUUCUUAAAUUGCUCUUUAAAGAAAAUAUACCAACAACAAUUUCUCUCGUAUUGUUCUAUGAUCUAUGUGAUAAUGUGGAUUCUGUGCUUUUUGCUUUGUAGGCUGAAGUAGGAUUAGUAUGUGAAAAGUUGAAAUCAAGACUCUGGAUCAUGUUACUCUUUCCUUCACAGUACAGGCAGCUUACUUACUGGAUUCAUUGAUUUUACUAGAUAACAUUUUGCUGAAGGCUUAUAUAUUUUUAUUAUGUUAUUUUUCUUCAUUUGGUUACCAUUAAUCCUCUGUUAAUAUUUUCUUUUUUAGUUGGAUCUUUUACUCAGACUCAUUGUUUGUUUUGAUUCUGUAAACAGAUGAGAUGCUUUGCAAUGCUGUACAAUUAGUGGAGGGGCAUUUUUAAAUCUGUGAAGUACUUUGUGUGUAUCUUUCCAACCAUUGAAUAUAUCUUCUAGUAUGCACAAUAUUUAGCAAAAAGACAAAGACUAGAUAAAAUAUCCUUUUAGUAAAUUCAUAUUCUUGUUUGAUAUUUCUUCACCUAUUCUCUAAAUGCUAUUACUAAUGUAAAAAAAAAAAGGCAUCAGUCAUGAUUUGGUAUAUUCAUUUUGUAGUCAUUGCUACACUUCAAUAAAUUUAUUUUCAAUAAAUACUAGAGGGUUUUAAAACAUUUUUGAUAUUCUGUGAACUAUGAAACAUUGCUGUCUUUUAUAUUAAAGUAAUUAAAAUGUC